GUUACGGAUGGUAUGGUACCCAACUCAACAAAACAAAUGUCCGAUUCGUGCGCCCAUUUCGUAAGUUCUUCGAACGAUAAUCUCGAUCAACGCCCUCUUAAUAUUAUGUUUUAAUAUAUAUGGGCGUAUGUGAAUUGCGAUAUUUACUUCCUACCUUCUAAUUAUAACGUAAAAAUUAUAUCGAAUUUCUUUGGAAAACUGUUAAAUUCUUUUAGCAAAACGGCUUAGCGACGAAAGGAAUCAAGUUUCAUUUUUGCAGUUUUAUAAAUGUUUGUCUAAGUGUUUGGUUGUUUAAUAUUAUUUUCAUUGUAAUAAUCAACUAUAUUUAAUUGAGAAUAGUGAAUACUCAAGAUGGCAGUGAAUAGUGUUCUCCUUUCACCCAGUAAGUGAGUAGACUGGAUCCAAUCAUCGAUGUGUCGUUGUCACAUCACAAACGAAGCACGGAUGUUGACUCUUAGGAGUGGUGUGUGCGAUGGUGAUAGCAAAGAGUAAGAAAGUUAAGCCCAAAAUGAACAACACGAUCAAAAGCAUGGAUUAUAAUUGGACUACUGGCCAGGAACCUCCCAACAACCAGGAAUUGGGAGUUCCUCGAGCUUUAUUCAUUCCUCAUUCUAAUUCCUUGCCAUUUGACGAAAGGCGUGUCACACUGGAACAACCUAUAAAGAUUGGACGCAACGUAUACCGAGCUACGCCGACACCGACGAACACGAUAUUCGAAUGUAGAGUCCUCUCCCGGCAUCACGCAACUCUCUACUAUGACAAAGGACACUUUUAUCUUGUGGACAACCAGAGCAGCAACGGCACAUUCAUCAACAAUAAGCGGUGCUCGAUCUCGGAGCUCGAGCCGCAGGAGGUUUUCUCCGGCGACGUGGUCCAGUUCGGCAUUCCGGUCGUCGAGAAUGCUGCCAAUUCGGAAAAGAACACGUUUCCGCCGGUGGUGGCGCUGCUCAAGCUGUACCACCCGGACGGCAAGGAGGCCAAGCUCUCCUUCAACCCCACUAUGACGACGCCGCUGCACCUUAAGGAGUUGUACGAGCUUAAUAAUUUUGUUCAGGAAGCGAUACAGCGCGAGGCGUCGCUGGAGGGUCGUCUGCGUACGUUGCGCGAGUGCGUGGAGCGCACGCGGGCGGAUGCUCAAGCCUCAUGGGAACUGUUCGUGGGUGAGCAACGGCUGCUGACGCGUGUGCACACGCUGGAGGCGAUGCUGGCAGCGGGCAAGCAACCCGAGCAACACCACGUUGUGCAACUACUCACAGACAAGAGGAACUACCAGGAAGUGGCGCAAGAGAGUCUGCGUAGUGCGCACGAGCAGCGAUUGGCGCUGGAGGAGACGCUGGAGCGGCGCAGUCGCGAGGCCGCCGCGCUGCACCAUCACAACUACGCACUCAGGCUCACCGCCAACAAUGCGCUCGCCGAGCUGCAGAAGCUGGCGGCGCGCUGCGAGCGCAAGAUGUGCGCGGCGCGGCUCGCCAUCGCCGCGGCGGAGGAGCGCGAGCAGGCCGUGCGCAAGCAUCUGCCGCUCACCUGCUCGGUGCAGAACGGCGAGGCGAAGAUGCUGGUGGUGAGCACGGACAGCAACAAAGUGUCGGAGGCGCGCCGCGCGGGCUCGCUGGAGGACGCCGUGCGCGCGCUGCCAGACUACAUCAAGCUGCUGCUGCCACAGCCGCUGCUCAACAAGGUGGGCAUAAAAGCAAUAUCAGCGGAAGGGAAAUCAGCGAAAGAAUUCGAAUUAAUAUUAAAGAAGAACGAUAUUUACAACUCAGAUAAUAAAGAGAAAGAAGAGGCGGAAGACGGUGUGAGCGGCAGCGCCGAGGAGAAGACCGAAGAGCCCGAGUCAUGCACUGACGACGAGAAGCAGUCAAGACUUAACCACGAUCAAGAUCACGAAGUGGAGUCAUCGAGUCCCGUGGACGGGGAGCUGCACUCCGAUAACAACGCCAACUCCACCUUCAGCGAGUCCAGCAAUAGGGACGACUCACCAAGCAAAGCUGGCGUGGAGUACGCGAACAUCCUGCGCGUGAUGGCGGGCCUGAACGAGGAGAUCCGCGCCUAA